UGCCAGAUUGGAAGAGCAUACUUCGAAAUGGUUGAUUACCUAGAAGCAGAUCAUGCAUUUGGCCUUGCUCGUCUGGCCUCACCUUAUAGUUUAGAAGGAAUGGACGUGUACUCGACAGUGUUGUUUCAUCUCAAGGAGGACAUGAAGUUGAGCUAUCUGGCGCAGGUGCUGGUAUCAACUGAUAGAUUAGCUCCUCAAUCUUGGUGUGCUAUGGGGAAUUGCUAUAGUUUACAGAAAGACCAUGAAACUGCUCUUAAAAAUUUUCAACGAGCUGUACAACUAAAUCCUAGAUUUGCAUACGGGCACACGCUUUGUGGUCAUGAAUAUGUUGCUUUAGAAGAUUUUGAAAAUGCUAUUAAGUGCUAUCAGAGUGCACUUCGUGUGGAUGCCAGGCAUUACAAUGCCUGGUAUGGGCUUGGAAUGAUCUAUCUCCGACAGGAGAAGUUUGAAUUUUCAGAGCAUCACUUUCGAAUGGCUUUGGGUAUAAAUCCACAGUCUUCUGUUAUCAUGUCAUAUCUUGGCACUGCAUUACACGCUCUGAAGAAAAAUGAAGAGGCAUUGGAAGUGAUGGAGCUGGCUAUUGUAGCAGACAAGAAAAACCCUCUUCCAAUGUAUCAGAAGGCUAACAUCCUUGUGAGCACGGAAAGUUUUGAUGCCGCUUUAGAAGUCUUAGAGGAACUUAAAGAGCAUGCUCCUCGUGAGAGCAGUGUCUAUGCUUUGAUGGGUCGGAUAUACAAGAGGCGUAAUAUGUACGACAAAGCCAUGCUUCAUUUUGGAGUGGCAUUAGAUUUAAAACCAUCUGCAACUGAUGUUGCUACCAUUAAGGCUGCCAUUGAAAAGCUGCAUGUACCAGAUGAGAUGGAAGAUGAAUUAUAACAUAUCUGAAUGAACUGGAAACAUGAGAAGAUCAGGCUGUAAAUUAUCCAGCUCAAAAUAUACAACUACUUGAAGUUCUUGCAUCCUUUUCCUUUCGAGAAAGCUCCAUGUACAAACAAGUCACUGAGAAAACAUGUUCUUUUCAUGAAAAUCUUUUGCAGCUCCAAAAGACAGGUGUAUUUUGUGAAUUUGUAAUGAGUAGUUUUCUGUUGGUUUGUGAGUGUGUUUAGUAUUUAUUAAGGUGCUAACCCAAGGCAAUAUUGCUCAUUAGGCACAUAGCAAAAAAGAGAGCUAUUUAUUUUACUAAUAUAAAACUCUAUCUUUUUCUCAAAAAAUGAUGAACAAUCAAA